CGGGGCGGGCGGCGGCGCUGUGUGUGAGCCGAGCCGAGCCGAGCGGAGCGGGGCGGGCGGCGCGGCGGGGCUCGCUGGGCGCCGCGGCCGUAACCUCCCGUCUCUCCCUCUCGCAGCGGCGGCGGCGGCGACGAUGCAGGCGGAGUCGGGGAUCGUGCCGGACUUCGAGGUGGGCGAGGAGUUCCACGAGGAGCCCAAGACGUACUACGAGCUGAAGAGCCAGCCCCUCAAGAGCAGCAAUUCCGAGCAUCCUGGCGCUUCCAAGCCUCCCUUAAGCUCCUCCAGCAUGACCUCACGAAUCCUGCUACGACAGCAGCUCAUGCGUGAGCAGAUGCAGGAGCAGGAGCGUCGGGAGCAGCAGCAGAAGCAGCAAGCAGCCCAGUUCAUGCAGCAGCGGGUGCCCGUGAGCCAGACCCCUGCCAUCAACGUGAGCGUGCCCACCAGCCUGCCCCCCGCCACCCAGGUGCCCAUGGAGGUCCUCAAGGUGCAGACUCACCUUGAGAAUCCAACCAAGUACCACAUCCAGCAGGCCCAGCGGCAGCAGGUAAAGCAGUACCUCUCUACCACUCUAGCAAAUAAACAUGCCAACCAAGCCCUGAGCUUGCCAUGUCCAAACCAGCCCGGGGAUCACGUCAUGCCGCCUGGAACUGGAAGCAGCGCUCCCAACAGCCCGAUGGCAAUGCUCACCCUCAACUCCAACUGUGAGAAAGAGGGAUUUUAUAAAUUUGAAGAGCAAAGCAGGGUUGAGAGUGAGUGCCCGGCUCUGAAUACACACUCACGAGCAUCAUGCAUGCAGAUGGAUGAUGUGAUCGAUGACAUAAUUAGUCUGGAGUCAAGUUACAAUGAAGAAAUCCUCGGCUUGGUGGACCCAGCCCUGCAAAUGGCAAACACGUUGCCUGUGUCUGGCAAUUUGAUUGACCUUUAUGGCAACCAAAGCAUGCCUCCUCCAGGACUAAACAUCAGCAACUCAUGUCCAGCUAAUCUUCCUAAUAUAAAAAGGGAGCUCACAGCAUGUAUUUUUCCCACAGAGUCGGAAGCAAGAGCGUUGGCUAAGGAGAGGCAAAAGAAAGACAACCACAACUUGAUUGAACGAAGAAGAAGAUUUAAUAUUAAUGAUCGUAUAAAAGAACUGGGCACCUUGAUACCCAAGUCAAAUGACCCGGAUAUGCGCUGGAAUAAGGGAACGAUCCUAAAAGCCUCGGUGGAUUACAUCCGUAAGCUGCAGAGGGAACAGCAGCGCACGAAGGAGCUGGAGAACAGACAGAAGAAGCUGGAACAUGCCAACAGGCACCUGCUGCUCAGAAUACAGGAACUUGAGAUGCAAGCUCGGGCACACGGACUGUCCCUUGUUCCAUCUACAGGCCUUUGCUCCCCUGACAUGGUCAACAGGGUCAUCAAACAGGAGCCUGUGCUGGACAACUGCACCCAAGACAUGAUGCCACACCACACAGACCUGUCCUGCACCACCACGCUCGACCUCACCGACGGCACCAUCACCUUCAGUGACAACCUCGGAAACGUGACUGAACCAGCUGGCACUUACAGUGUUCCUGCAAAAAUGGGAUCCAAACUGGAAGAUAUCUUGAUGGACGAUACCCUCUCCCCCGUUGGAGUAACUGACCCACUACUUUCCUCCGUGUCUCCUGGGGCGUCGAAGACGAGUAGCAGGCGGAGCAGCGUGAGCAUGGAGGACACUGAUCAUGCUUGUUAGCAUAUACUUGGCACACCUUUCAUAAACUGCUUUGGUUCUUGAUCAGUAGAUUAAAUAAUUUACCUUUUGUAGAAUUUUUUUGAUUUUUUUUUUCCCCCUUUGUGCUUCAUCAGUGUGUGUGCGUGUGUGUACAUAUUAUAUAUAUAGGAUUUUUUUUAGAAUUUUUGUGAAGAAACUUGUAUAUUCUAUUUUAAAACUACCAAUGCCUCCAAAAUAUUGUACAGCAUAUGUACAGUAUCUGUGAACUGGAUUCGCCAAGAACUUUGAACUGGUCAAAUCUACUCAAAGCAAUAGAAUUACAGAUGAAGAGUCUGUUUCUACUCGGGGCAGGGGGGAGGGAGGGGGCAAUCGUAGGAUUGUAAAUGCAACAUAUUUACCUGGAAACAAAAUGUAAAGUUAAAGAAUGUAAAGAAACCAAAAAAAAAAAAAAAAGGUCCAAUUUGUAAUUGUAUUAAUUGAAUAGUGCUGCCUUAAAAAAGAUACAGUGUCCCUCAAAUGUUGGUCUUACAUGACAAGUGUUUAGGGAAAAUACCCACCCUAUUCCACUCAGAAUACAAACUAAAACCAAGUGUUAAGACAACCUGAUUGUGUUGAUUGUGAUAUAAAAUGCUGUUGCUGAAACUGCAGGGAGAUGUGAGUGUCUCAGAGUGUUGUUUAAUUUUACUCUGAGCUGUUUUGGGUUUUCCUUUUGAUCACGGUUCGAGUUUUUCCUCUUAAAUUUUUAUUUUGUUUCGUGACACACAUUGGUGGCUUUGCCAACAACAAACCAAGCAGGAGCACUGUAAGUUGGAAUACACUCUUUGGACAAAAAAAAAAAAAGUCAUUUUAUCAGCUGGGCACAUUAUGUUGUACAUAUCUAAUUGGCUUUAUUUUUUUUUUUUUUUUUUUUAGAUUGCAUUGUACAGUUUCUUUUGAUUUGCAUGGAUUCCUUAGUUAUCCUCAACUUUUUGUUUUAAAUUUAUUUGUAUUUCAUUUGUAAGAUUUUUGCCUCUUAAUAUUGCAACGAUUUUUUGACAUUUUUAAAACUCAUUGGAAGUUUUCUGCGUUCUUUGUAAACACUUGAAAGGAAGCUUUCAUGCAGGGUUCUGUGUUUUCAGAGAGAUUUCAAGAAUAUUUUGUAUAUUACAGUCUCACUUUGAAAAUGUUUUUAAACGCAUUUAAGGUAGAGUAAAAAUUUAGAUUAGGUAAUAAAACAACUCUGUAGAGAAACUGAACUUACAUAUUUAUUUUUAGUGAUACUGAAAAAAAAAAAGUAGUAAUAUGCUUGGAAACAUAACUAUGUAGUUAAUAUACCCGUUAGAGCAAUUUGUGUUCUAUUUCAGCACUGGGGCUGACAUAAGGAAAAAAAGAAAAAAAAAAAACAACAAAAAAAAGAGUAAAUUACUGUAUCUGCAAAUAACUGUUACUUGAUAACAAUGUUAUUAAUUUUUAACAUGCAACCAUGUUGUAAAAGUAGUUCAGUGCAUUAUCUACUCAAGUGUAGUCCUAUGCAAUAACGGUAGUUUUCCUUGUAUUAUAUCCAGCCUGGGUGUUUCCCGGAGGUGACGUGUGGUGUUCCGAGCUGGACGGAGGGAAUGGAUUUCUCCAUGGCAGCCUACAGCUGACCCGCAGGCGUAGCUCGUUCAGAAUGAAGUGCCUUAAACUCUAGUUGUAGUCUUCCUCGACUAGCACUGACUGAAGUGUGGCGUAGGAGAGAGCUUUGGGGUGGUGGUUUGUAGGGUGUUGAGGUGCAGCAUGGUGCCCACGUGUAGAAAGCAAGAGCUGCCCGUUCUCCUUUGUGCUACACUGGAAGUGCCAUGGGAUGAGUGCGACGGUGAGUGACUUGAGUGCCAGCCUGGCAGGCGUUCCCAGGAAACCUGGGGCUCGGCAGUUAGUGCUCAGAAACCAAAUGUGAAUUGGGGUGGCGAUGGGGCAGCUGGGGAUGGUGCCGGGAGUCCAACCCAAAUGCUUCUCCACAGGAGAGUUCCCGGUGUCCCUGCCUGGCACCACCCGGUGCGGGUGGCGGGGACACAGCUGCGGUUACGGUACUCCAGGGUCUGUGUGUUGCUCUUUCUGUGGCUGUGCUGGUUGUGUCCAGCCCUCUCCCUUCCUGCUUGAGCCACCAGCUGUGUGUUAGCAUUGGUGCAACCACCGGGUUGUGGCUUCUUUCUUUCCUUUGUAGUUUUUGAAGGAGGAGCUGGAGUUAGAUUAUAGUGAUGCCUCUCCCCCUCCCCGCUGGCCCCAGACAGCUUUUGGGAAUGUGUCUUUCCUAGGGUAGAGAAGCUCUGGUCCAGGCAGGACCCAGGAGCCUGCAGGAUGCACUGCAGCCAGCGUGGUCCUCAGGCAGGGAGAUGCUCCCAGUCCCUGCAAGGCAGCUGUGCCAUAGUCAGGUCUGAGUCGAGUGUGGGGGUACAGGCUGUUGGUGCUGCUGUUUGGUUGGGGUGACAGGUAAGAAAAUCAGGGCUGUAAAAAGUGCUUGUAGCUGUAACACAGACCUGCAUUAAUUACCCUUUCCCAUGAAAAUGGGACAGCUCUGCAGCGUUGGUACAACAAAUCAGGGUGUGCACGCUGGAGUGUAGUAACUGAGAACCACUGAGUAUAUUGAAUAAGGAUUUUGGUUUGGUGCCUGUGCUGGGCAUUCAGAAAUUCAAGUCCAGACUGUGGUAUAUGAAUAUUUUUCAAGCUUAUGUGAAACCACUGGUACUCGUUGACAGCCAUGACUUCUAAUUCUUAGCUGUGUCUGUGAGGAGGUGAGUUAGGAUUCAAGGCAAACCACUGCAUCAAGAGCUGGAUUCCUGGCUAGCAGUCACUGUGGCUGCAGCAGCUCUGUUGUGUGCUCCCUGUACCCUGUGUUGUUCUGGGGUAACAUGCAACUCUGCUGUGCCCUGCUCACCCUUCUCCCUGUGUUUCCUUAGGCCACAGCCCUGCUCUGAGUCUGCCCACCCUUUGGAUGGUGACACUGCAGGGGAGACACCUCUGGCAGGCACAGACCCCCAGGUGGGGGCCAACGGGGGUCUCUUUGCCCGUUUGGGCAUCGUGGAGCGUGUGGGCUGUGAGGGUUUGCAGGGUGGCAGUGGCAGAGGACAGAGACAGCGGCUCCAGGCAGGGUGUGGCAUGGACGAGGUGGAGUGAGAUGGACAGAAGUUGUUGCCCGGCCUGGGGACGGUGACUCGUGUGACGCUGGGCAGCGGUGGCUUCCCUGAGCAGGUGGGUGGGGAACGACCAAUUCUCACUUUGCCAAAGCCGUGCAACAGGCAGGGAUGUGCAGAGUACCAUGAAGUUCUUCCUUACUGCUUUUGGCCUAUAAAGCAAUAUUUAACUCUUACAACCUGUAAAGCAAAAAGAAGGUACAUAAGGAAAGCACAAAGCACAAAAUAAUGCACUUACAUUUAUGUUGUUUGACAUAAAAUGCACUGGGGGGGGAGCUGAUGUUGAUAAUAGUAUAAAUACCUAUAUUUCUUGAAAAAGUGACAUUAAUUACUGCCUCUUGCUAUGAUGCUUGGUACUGUAAUGUUGAUAUUCAUCUGCUGUUGACUGCAGCAAUAAUUUGUGUAUGGUCCAUAGCACUGUAAAUUAUGGAUCAAUUAUUAAUGUAUCCAAUGAAAUAAUUUGAACUGUUGUUCUUGAUAGAUGGAUUAAAGCAUUUGGUUUUUCACAUA